AUGAUAAAAAAUAAGGGAAAGAAGAAAAAAGAUGCGAGCAAGUCAAAGAAAGCCCCAGGCGCACUCAACAAAAAGACAGCCCCCUCGAAAAGCGCGCCAAGUGAAAAGCUAAACCAUAAGCCCCCCACGAUCUUGCGGUGGAUAGAUUUGCUGAGAAAUUUGAAGCUGAAGCAACUGAAGAAAAACAUAGACGAGGAAAUUAACAACCACGAGAUUAACAAAAACAUCAAUGACAAGUUGCUGCUCUUUCUGAACGACGAGCUGGAGGAGGAAGCCAUUUUCGACCAAAUCGAGGAGCUAAAAAAUGGGAAGCUCAGUAUGCUGGUUGACAUUCACAAACAAAAUAUGACCAACUUGCAGAGGCAGUUUGAGGAGGACAUAAGCAAGCUGUUUCUGCACUUUGAGGAAGACCGGGAGAUUCUGCUGGGCAACCGGAACAGCAUCGUCCACAACAUAAAUUUGUUUUACACCCAGAUUGAAGAAAGCCAGAAGACGAGGAAGGCGGAGCUGCAAAGGGAAGAGUUCGAGAUGAUGGACGAGCUUUACAAAAACUACAUCGCGGAGAGGUACAUCUCCAAUUACAAAUUUGAGCAGUUCAAAGAGAAAAGCGAAACGAGGUUCAGCAGCCUCCUCAUCGAAAAUAGAAAGGCGCUGGAGGAGGCCAGCAGGAGCUACAACUCUAUUAGGGAGAAGUACGAGCGGAGUAGGGGCAACCUCUGCACGAAGGAGCGAGAGGUGCACGACCUGGAACUGAAAAUCGACAGCUGGAAAUUGAAGCUGGAGAAUGAGAUCAAGAUUUACGAAAUGCAAAUCGAGCGACUGCGAAAUGAGAAGACCCAACUGCUCAACCACAUCAGGGCCAUCAAGAUGAUCCUCCAAAAGUUGAAGCAUAACGACAAGCAGCGCCUUAUCGACAUCACCGUGAGCUCAAGCAAAUGCAUAAACGUGUUGGAGGAAAACAUUUCUUUGGCAAAUAAAUUGAUAAACACGAACAACUUGUGCAGGAGAUACGAAACGGAAAGGGAAAAAAUUGCAUCCAGUUUGGACGUGGCGAGUACGGAAGGAGAAGUCGGGCCGGUUGACCCUGAAGGGGGGGAAUCAACGGCCGACAUGCAAAAGAAAAACGAAGAGCAGGCGCAGCUCCUGGAGAACUUCUUCAGGCGAAAAAAUAAAACCAUUUUGGACAUAAUACUUUUGAAGAAAGAGCUACACGCACUCAGGAAGAAGAACAAAGAAUACACCAAAGUUAUUGACGACUUGGAAAAUAAAUUAAGCUUAAACAAGAAGGUGAAGUUUAAGCAGAGCGACUUUGUCGUACGGUCUGCAUUGUAG